CCUAGUCGCAGCGUCAGAAAACAAGCAGCCGCCGGAAUGAGCGGCCACCCGGGAAACUUGAGCCCGCGCCAGCAGGCCGCGCUUGACCAGUUCCGCAAUGCAGUGGCGGAUGUGAAGAGACCCUCGGACACGGACGCUUUCCUGCUACGCUGGCUGCGAGCACGGGAUUUCGAUGUGGCCAAGGCGGAGCGAAUGUACCGUCACGACCUUAAAUGGAGGAAGGAGAACGGCGUGGACGACAUGUUACAAAGCUACGAGGCAACCGAGAUCGUGAAGGAAAACUAUCCUGGCGGCAUCUUGUAUCCUUGCAAGGAUGGCAGACCGUUAUGGAUGGUUCCAGCUGGAGUUGAUUUUCCAGCGCUUAUUACGUCGCUGACACCGGAAGUAGUGCAGCUCCACUGUACAUACCUCAUGGAGUACACGGAGUCCAUCAAGCGUUCGGCUUCGAAAGAAGUGGGAAUGGAAAUACACUCACAUCACAUGGUCGUAGACUUGGAAAAAUUCAGCCUCCGUAACCUCUACUGUUGGCAAGCUGUCAAAACUCUUACCAACAUACUGCAGACCAUGGAGGACCAUUAUCCGGAGUGCCUGGAGAAGUGCAUCAUCAUCAAUGCGCCAAACUUCUUCCCUGUACUGUGGAAGAUGGUGCGGCCGUUCUUGACGCAGGCGACGACUGACAAAGUUCAAGUCUACGGCAAAACUGGCUGGAAGGAGCACAUACUGAGCCUCAUAGACGCUGCACAACUACCGGCCCACUGGGGUGGAGACAUGGUGGGACCAGAUGGCGACCCCCGAUGCAGGCACAGGGUGAACUUUGGUGGUGUGUUCGAAGAGGGUAAAACUCAUCCAGCCUCUUCCGUGUUCGACGAAAAGGGCGCCCAACAACACACCAUCGCUCGACGUGAUCGGUGGGAGCUGCCCGUGGACGUUGACAGACCCGGCUUGCGACUCAACUGGCGGUUCCAGGUCGCUGCAGGAGACGUGGCUUUCGGUCUGCGCAUGCUCAGCGGCAAGCGCCUGCUGCCGAUGAGACGCCUCCAGGCCUGCAGUUACUUGCCACAGGAAGGCGGCUGGGACUGCGACACGCCUGGGACAUAUGUGCUUGAAUUCGACAACAGUUACAGCUGGCUGACUGACAAGACGAUCGCCGUCGUGGUUAGCGUGCAGACACAGGAGGGAGGUUCCUGACCACUGGCCGUCUGCUGCGACAUCACUUGGUCUAUCACUUCAUAUAUAUAUAUUCGAGGAAACAGCCUAAAGGUUCCGGGCAUGCUCCAAACA